CCCGGCUCUUGGAACAAGCGCGCGCGGAGAAGCGAAGUGCUCACAUCGAACUAGUCGCGGUCCUGUCUCGUCGCGCGUUCCUGAUUUCCAUACCAGAGCUGUCUUUCAACUCAACAAUGCGAAUCAACCCUCCUUCUGGUGACAACGAUGAAAGUAAUUAAACCUUCCUGGUUGUUACAUGGUGGGGAGCAGAAAGACUUCGAGGUCUAUAGUUGCCAUGUGUCGCCCGAUGGAAGUAGGCUGGCCACAGCUGCCGGAGAUGGCCAUGUCCGAAUUUGGUCGACCGAAGCUAUCCUCCAGGCUGGAGACGUGAAUUACACCAAGCCGAAGCAGUUAUGCCAUAUGAGCUACCAUUCCGGGACGAUACAUACAGUCAGAUUUUCUCCAAACGGGCGGUGGUUAGCAUCUGGGGCAGACGAUAAGAUCAUUUGCAUAUACACCCUCGAUGCGAAUCCUCCCUCGCACCAGGCCAAUUUUGGAACUACUGAACCCCCUCCUGUGGAAAAUUGGAAGAUCAUGAAGCGUUUGAUUGGGCAUGAUAAUGAUGUUCAAGAUCUUGGCUGGGCUUACGACUCUUCGAUCUUGGUGUCUGUCGGGUUGGACUCGAAGAUUGUGGUUUGGUCAGGACACACGUUCGAGAAGCUGAAGACACUAUCUGUGCAUCAGAGUCACGUCAAGGGCAUCACUUUUGACCCUGCGAACAAGUACUUUGCUACGGCCAGCGACGACCGAACAAUCAAGCUCUUUCGAUUUACCUCACCUCUUCCAAAUGCGACCUCCUACGAUUCGAUAAACAAUUUUGUUCUCGAGCACACCAUUGUUAGUCCCUUCACGUCCUCGCCCCUCACGACGUAUUUCCGAAGAUGUUCUUGGUCACCAGAUGGAAACCACAUUGCAGCAGCGAAUGCGGUGAACGGGCCUGUGAGCUCAGUUGCUAUUAUCAAUCGCGGAGGAUGGGAUAGCGAUAUCAAUCUGAUCGGGCACGAAGGACCUACAGAAGUCUGCACAUUUUCUCCUAGAUUGUUCAGCAAGCAGGAGAUCAGUGCAGAAACUACGGACAACAGCGGCUACAGUACCCAGGCUCUAGUGACAGUCAUUGCUUGCGCUGGACAAGACAAGACUCUGAGUAUUUGGAAUACAAGUUCUUCAAGACCUUUGGUUGUCCUACAGGAUUUGGCCGGAAAGUCAAUUUCAGAUUUGGCUUGGACGCCUGAUGGACUUACUAUCUUCGCGACAAGUUUGGAUGGUAGCAUAAUUGCAUUGGAAUUUGAAAGAGGUGAACUGGGUUUCAUUGCACCAUGGUCAGAAAAUGACAAGGCACUACAAAAGUUUGGCGUCGGUCGCCGAGGUGUGGGUGUCGUAGAAGAUGUCGCUGGACUGCGUCUGGAAGAGAAAAGCAAAGCCGGAGAAUUGCAAAGGACCGAAGGGAGAAUGGGAGCUUUGAUGGGUGAUGUGGGCUCUAACCCCGUCCCAGUAGUGAAUGGAAACGGCUCAGGGACAGGAACAUCAACACCUAUGGUUGGUGUUACCUCUACAGCUCCUGUAGUAACCAAUGGUCGAUCAGCACAAGACUCUCCCGUGCCAGCACCAGCACCAGCUCCUGCAGUUGACCCAAAUGCUGCCAAACUCGAGGCCAUGAAGAGUCGAGUUACCAUUACAAAGGAUGGAAAGAAGCGAGUUGCGCCACUCCUUGUGUCUUCAUCUGGAACUGGUCUUUCAUCUCUCCCCCAAUCACAGCUUGUGGCUGCAAAUUCGAGCAAUGUACAGAAUGAUGCUCCACAAGCGAUACUAGAUCUUUCGAAGCCUUACGAUGGUCUUCCGAGGGGCGGUCUUGCUGCUAUGCUUCUUGGCAAUAAAAGAAAAGCCAUUGCCAUCGAUGGGGAGGAAGAAGAGGAGCAGCCAAAUAAACGGGCAACCCUUGGAUCCGGCCCAGUCUCGAUUAUGGUCAACGGUAUCAAUGGCGUAGAGCCGGCAUCAGCAGCUCCACCAGUGACUGGGUUGGUUCCAACCCCUGAGUUUCUGCGACCAGCCGUAAUCAACCCAGCACUGUCCAUCAGUCAAGUACGGUUAGCUGUCCCAAAAGUCAGGACUCAUAUCUUGAGAUCACUGGAUCGUGGUACCCUACCCCCGAAAAAAUCAUCUGGAACGAACGGCACGAAUGGAGUGGAGGAAUCUGCUAAGGCGACAGAUGAUAUCAUCUUGGAAGCUCAGAACCCUAUAACCGUGAUCGGCCAAGUCAGAGACCCUUCUCGCAUCUCCGCUUCGAAAAGGGGUGCUACUGUUUGGCAUGAUUAUCUUCCCAGAGCAGUCAUACUUGUUACUGGAAACAAGAACUUCUGGGCAGCAGCUUGCGAAGAUGGCAGCAUUUACAGCUGGAGCCCAGCAGGAAGGAGAGUCAUCAACGCUCUUGUUCUAGAAGCACAACCCGUGAUAUUGGAGUGCAGAGGAUGGUGGCUCCUGUGCAUUACUGCGGUGGGAAUGUGCUAUGUGUGGAAUCUGAAGGAUCUUUCUUCGCCCCAUCCGCCGGUAUCUCUUGCUCCCAUCUUGGAGAUUGCAAUGCACUCCCUCGGCGUUCAUACUACGAGCGCCCCUGGAGUAACGUCAGCACAUCUCAACUCGACAGGUCAUAUUAUAGUCACUCUGAGUAACGGUGAUGGAUAUCUCUACUCGCCGAAGAUGUACGUCUGGCAACGACUCUCUGAAGCUUGGUGGGCUGUUGGCAGCCAAUAUUGGAACUCGAACGAUUCGUCCAUUAGCAGUCUUCAGUCUACAGGAGUUGGCCCAGAUACCAAGCGUGAUGGUGAAGUCGAUUCUUCCAACGUCUCUGCUGGGAUCAUUCCUCAUCUCGAGCGGCAUACCACCAACGAGGUUCUUCUCAAAGGCAGAGCAUACACGCUUCAGCGACUCGUCAAGACUCUUCUCUCCAAGGAAGGUUUCGAGGGCUUCGAAUCAGGGGUCAGUAUCGCCCAUUUGGAGAACCGUGUCGCGGCUGCUAUGCAGUUAGACGCCAAGGAGGAGUUCCGGAUCUACCUAUUCAUGUAUGCGAAGCGACUCGGUGCAGAAGGUCUCAAAGCCAAAGUCGAAGAGCUGCUACGCAGUAUCAUGGGUGGAAUCUUACAUGAAGACGAUGACACAGAUCCAGAAACGGAGAGAUUGUGUGGAUGGGAUAGAAAAGAACUACUGAAGGAAGUUGUAUUAAUAUUGGGUAAAUUCCGCGACUUGCAGCGGCUGACUGUGCAAUAUGCAAGAGUCCUUGGAAUGGAUGAUGAUGAAAAUGGGGCAUAAACCGGGAUAGAUAUCUGGUCGAAUCAGAUAUCAAGAUCUGAUCGCAGCUGAUGACCAAGCACUUGCUUGCUUUGGUGGACUGCGAUGUUGACUGGAUUGAUUGAUACAACUUUGCGAUGGCGUUCCGGCUUGGCUAGCAAGAAUUAUUUCUCGUGGAUGGGCUGCUUGAGGUAUGGCUACGAUAUGUGGUAUGCAGCCCGAGCUAGGGCUGGCUUUGCAUGACAGGAGAUGGCGUUGAGGUCCAUUUAUUGCCGACUGGGGAGGAGAGCGACAAUGAAUGUGUAAGUCUACUAUGUUGUAAUCAGAGUUAAAUCGUCGAGCUAGCGAGAGAUCUUGAGACUGAAUAGAGUUACAUGCAUGGAUUGGAAAUGUAUGAAAAUACAUUGUGAU